AUGGAUGCACAACAGGCUCGCAAGAGGAAGCGCUCGGCCAUUGCUUGCACACGUUGCCAUGAUCGAAAAGUCCGGUGCUCGCUUGCUUUCCAGGGCAUCCCAUGUGCAAAUUGUGCUCAGGAUGGCACUGUUUGCAAGAUCUUUGGUCAGCAGCAUGCUACGUCGGUGCCGUUGCCUUCCCCUGGUCAUCCACUGGGGCAUUCAUCGCAUUCUAUUGCAUACAACAUUCGGCCAGACCAAGCAAUCCAACCUUCGUCAAAAGCAGUCUACCCUCUGACCCCGUCUCCGAGAUCUAUGUCGAUUGCCGAGGUAACGCAUCAAGCGUCAGAUACUGUUGAAGUACCCCGGAAACACUUAAACGUGGAGAAGAGUCCUGCACAUGUCGCAUCCCCAGACUGUCAAAGGGGCCCGGACACGUCAAGCGAGACCGCAACCGGCGCUCAGCAAACUCCCACCACGGUUUCCGAUUCGGUGUCUGAUAAGCCCCGUGGGCCUGAGCCGUCGCGGGACCUGGUGCCUUAUUAUGCCGGAGAGGCUGAGGGACUCGAAUUCGUGUUCGAUAUCGUCUCGCCGAAUCGAUCCGUGAAAGGAGCCCCUUAUAUCAUUACUCGCAACGUCCUCAAGCGACAGAAAUUCAAACCAGAGAUAACCCCGGGCUCCAGGCCCCUGUUUCCACCCCCUAUUUGCGACCGGCUCGUUCGCUGCUUCUUCAGCUAUGUCUACCCUUUCUUGCCUGUUGUCAAUGCCGGGGAAUUUGUUACCAAAUACUCCGACGACCCCAACAAUGUCAGCUGUCUGUUGUUGUGGUCAGUGUUUUUCGCUGCGGCUAUCUACGUCGACGCAGAGGCCCUCAAAGCUCUAGGGUUCCAGAGCCGUAAGGUGUUGAUGCAAUUUUGCUAUCAGAAUGCCAAGAGGACAUAUGAUGCACAUCUCGAGACCGACAAGUCCGCCAUCAUUGCUUCUGUUCUGCUUCUGAGUUACUGGUAUCCCGACCUGGAGGACCUGGACGGCGCCUGCUAUUGGAUCGGGGCGGCCAUCCACUUUUGCACGGGCAUUGGGCUCCAUCGCGAGCCCAGUUAUUCACGACUUCCACGAUGUCCCUUCCCUCCAUCGCAGAUAGCACUAUGGAGACGAUUGUGGUGGUGCAGCUACUACCGCGAUGCCUGGAUCUGUUUGGGUACUGGGAGGCCGAUGCGGGUCCACCUGGAUGACUGCGACCUUCAGCUGCCGUCUGUUCACGAUGUCGUGGAUGAUGUCAAAAAUCUAUCUCCGGAACUGCGCGAAGCGUUCCUACCCCCUGAUCUCGAAGAGCUGGCGGAACUAUGGCUCAAGUUCCUCAGGCUGUCAAUCAAACUAGAAGACGCCCUGGUUCUACACUACCGCCCCAGAAGACCGCCGCUGUCGUUGCCCCAGUUGGAAGCCGACUAUGCAGACGUAUCACAACUUCUCGAAAGCCUUCCUCCCGUGGACAUUAUCGAAAACCGGUCGUCCCGAACAUUGAUGCUUCACAUGAGCCAUUUCCGCUGCUAUUGCCAAGCGGUCAUCAUCGUCUUUCAUCGCUCUUACAUCCUUUCGACGCCCGAACAUCUAUCACUCGCGGAACGAAGCGGUCUCCAGGCAGCGGCAACCCAGAGAUCCAAGUCCGCAGCAGCCGAUUUGACAAGUACUCUCAACAGACUAAUCGCACAGGACAUGAUCGACACGUCGCCCACAAUGCUCGUGACCACCAUGAUGGUCGCCAUGCAAAUACAUUUAUUCGAGCUUGCCCGAUCCGAGGGUAGCCUCAUCCGCCAGCACGCCGGGCACAAUUUGAAUCUACACCUGAUGGUCCUCUCCCAUCUCAACAAGACAUUUUGGAGCGCGGACAUGCACCGCAAUCUGUUUACCGAAGUCCUAAAGGCACUCAACGCCGGGAGGACGGGGGACACGAGGCAAUAUGCGGGCUACGCGGCGGGUCUACAGGACCCGGCCGGUGUGCAGGCUGCAAGCACUCCUCAACAUCCUCGCGACAACGACCAACAGGCGAACUCGAUGAACGCUGUUCUAGACACCUGUGGUCUGAGCGGCACGGCCUUUGACGAGUUCUUUGCGUCGUUUGGGCCGUUUGACAACUUUCAACUUUUGUUCGAUGAAGGGUAA